GGAGUGUCUGUACUGCAGGACUUCAUUGGCAUUUGCAGAGAUGUGCGGCGGUUCAUCUACAGAACAAAUAAUAUAGCUUACCAACGUAUACAGCCAAGAGAAGAGCUACGGGAGGCAAGAAUGCAAAUUUGCCAUGGGCACAUCUUCUUCAAAGGUGAUAAACAAGCAGGCUCCUGCUAUAGCAGAAGAGACCGAGACGUUCCCAUCAGAUCUGACGCCCCAUGAGGACUCAAACAGAGAAGAUGCCAGCACACAGGGAAUAAGUGAUGAAGAUUCAUUUCAUUCACUUAACUGUGAGGAAGCAGAGGACACUCCAUCAAGACCAUGGCCUGGCAGCAAGGGUGGCUGUCAACAGACUGACGAUUCAAGUGUGCCCUACCCUCCUUUCAUGUCAACAGACCAUAACAGCAUUGUCACCAGAUGCAGGGAGGAUUAUGAUGUACCGAAGAAGAGAAAAAGAACAUCUGCACAUACAAUGCCCUGCCCUCCAUUGAAGUCAACAGUCGACCAUAACAGCAACCAGCCAGUGUCUCUGCAUUUGGACACUCCUGCUGGUGAAGUGAAGAACUACAUUGUCACCAGAUACAGGGAGGAUUAUGAUGUACCAAAGAAGAGAAAAAGAACAUCUGCACAUACAAAGACACAACUGGAGAGCUUAUUGAAGGAUCUGGGGUUGGAGCACCACUUCGCAGAGAAGCUGUCCCUGGGCACAGUACUUCAGAUUGAAGAGAGGACCAUUACUGAUGAACCUGCCAAGUGUAAUUCAGAUCUUCCAUGGUACUUUCUAAAGAAACUGAUGAUGGUUAAUGUGACAUCUAGAAAUGUGAAAUGUACGUCAGUAUGUGAAUCAAACUGUGAUGCUGCUUCAGGAAAUACAGAGUUAGAUCUUGAUGGUCUGUUUGAUAGUCUACAUUCCGGUGACGUGAUAAACCCCCUUGACAUAAUCACUGCUCUCUUUCUGUGUUCUGACGGUUUUGUACGACAGGAAAUGGCACUCAAAAUGUCUAUGUGUCAGUUUUCUGUGCCUCUGCUGCUUCCUAAUUGUGACACAAAGCAGUGCACACUCAUGCUUUGGGCCAUGAGAGACAUUGUUAAAAAGUACAGACCUCAGUCACUUUCAGAGUCCAAGGGUUUUAUUGAAGACAGGAUUGUUGUCUCUGAACUUCCAAUGAUAUCUUUUGUGAGACUGGGUGAGUGCUCAUUGUCUAAGUCUGAGACCCUUAAUAAGCUUCUGAGCAAUUCUCAGCAGUACCAUGACACCUUUAUUCACCAUAACAUGGAAUGUGGUGACAGUUCAAGGAGAAUAUCCAAUGGAUUGGCUGAAGUUACUUGGUACCUUCCUUGUGGAAACAAAAACAUGGAUAUUUUCAGUGAGCCUGUAGCUGUAGCUAACCUUCGUGGGGACAUUGCUUCAUUUGAAACACAAUUUUCUUUUUUGUGUCAGACAUCUGCAGCAGUGUUUGUGUUCUUUGACAAUUUGGACUCUGAGUGCGAGCUGCUUAUCAACCAACACCACAAGGCACAGAUCUUCUUAGUGGGCAACCAUCAAAGCCAGAGCUUCAGUAAAGAUGAACUAACUGAGGUAGCAACCAAGUUGGGUUUGACUAACAGCAACAUCCUUCUGAAGGCUAAGCACAUGAAUGAUGCAGACUUCAUCAAACAUCUGCGGAAAACAGUCAGCAAUGUAGUUGAGAACACAAAGAUGAAGAUGGGGAUUGAGCAGAUGGCUGACAUUGCUCAUGAAUUGGGUAUCUUGGUGGAUGAGGACUGUGCAGAGUGCCCUGCCAAGAAAAAUGCAGAUGCCAUCACUGCAGAAAUUCAAGACACCCUUAAAUACAAAGAAGCUCAGCUUCCCUUGCAGGGCCAAAUAUGGAAGGAACUGACUCUCUUAGAGAAGGAAGAAUUUCGCCUUCGAAAAGUUGGGUCUGAAAACAUAGAAAAGUACAAAAGUAAUCUUCAGGUACAGAAAAGAAAACUUCGGGUACAACAGAACUCUUGUGACAUGUCAAACGCUAUGACAUGUUUCAUCAACGCAAUAUCAAGCCCAGGGAUAGAGAGGAGAUAUUUCCUGAAAUGGAUGCGAAUGAACCUCGAUAACCUGUCUCGGGAAAAACUGUCUGGCCUCAGGGAGCUGUACAAAAAGAAAUGUGAAAAUUCUGAAAACAAAGAGGAGAUCAAAGAAAUUGACAGACAACUUUCCAACAGCUCACUGGGGACUGAACACUUCUUCCGUGAAAUGGGUCAGAUCUAUGAAGCUUCAGUUUCCCUUCCAAAGAGACACGUGUCACAUCAACAAUUACAGCAUCUGCCCAAACUAUGCGCUGAAUUGUUGCUUGAUGGAUUUCCCCUUGAGCUUGUAGAUGGAGAUGCAUCCAACAUACCUCUCAGAUGGGUGAGUGACGUUCUCUCUCAGCUCAAUGACUUGGUGUCUCCUAAGAGCAAGAUACUGGUAGUCACAGUUCUUGGAGUUCAGAGCACAGGAAAGUCCACUCUCCUCAACACCAUGUUUGGAGUGCAGUUUGCAGUCAGCAGUGGUCGAUGCACUCGAGGUGCGUUUAUGUUGCUGAUCAGAAUCAAUGAAGAUGUCAAAAAAGAACUCAACUGUGACUUCAUGGUGAUCAUUGACACUGAGGGCUUAAAGUCACCAGAGCUUGCUCAACUGGACAAUAGCCAUGAGCACGACAACGAGCUUGCAACACUUGUUGUGGGGCUGAGUGAUAUCACCAUCAUCAAUAUUGCAAUGGAGAAUUCAACAGAAAUGAAGGACAUCCUACAAAUAGUUGUGCAUGCUUUUCUCAGGAUGAAAGAGGUGGGCAAAAAGCCCAAAUGUCAGUUUGUUCACCAGAAUGUGUCAGAUGUUUCAGCCCAUGAGAACAACUUACGAGACAGGAAACUGCUCUUGCAGCAGCUAAACGAGAUGACCCAGGCAGCAGCCAAGAUGGAAAAGAAAGAGGAGAACAAGAGCUUCACUGAUGUGAUGGAGUACAGUCCCGACACUGGGAACUGGUACAUUCCUGGACUCUGGAAUGGAAACCCACCAAUGGCACCAGUCAAUGCAGGGUACAGUGAGGCCGUUUAUGAGCUCAAGAAGAACAUCAUCCAAAUUUUGGGAAGGUGUGAGUCAUCUGCUAAUAAUAUCAUGGAGUUUACCGAGUGGAUGAAAAGCCUGUGGAAUGCAGUAAAGCAUGAAAACUUCAUCUUCAGCUUCAGAAACAGCCUAGUGGCUGAUGCAUACAUGAGGCUGUGCACAGAGUUCAACAAAUGGGAAUGGGAAUUCAAAAAAGAAAUGUACACAUGGGUUACAAAAGCUGAAACAAGAAUUUCUAAUUUCGGCACAGUUGCUGUGAAAUCUGAGUUAUCUGACAUGAAAGAACUUCUCACUCUUUUGAAAAGUGAAGCUUGCACAGAGCUGACUAAAUGGGAGACAAAAAUUCUUGGAAAUUUAAAACAGUACUUUGAGCAAACAGAGGGUCAUGUGUAUCUAGUUGAAGGAUACAAAGAGGAAUUUGCAAGCAGUGCAAAGAGCCUUCGUCGAGAAAUGGAGAGCUCUGUACUUAAUCAGCUCACAGCAGCAGCUGACAUCAGACAGGGAAUGACAGAACUUGACAGAAUCAAGGAGAACCACACAAAAGAAUUAGAGGGGAGAGUGCGUCAGCUGAUUGAGGAAUGUCGGGGAAGGAAAGUCCAGAUGACAGACAAAGAGCUAGACAAAGAAUUUAAUAAGAUGUGGAAUAAAACAGUAAAGGAACUGUCUUUUUCUAAACAGACGGCCACAAAUGUCUUCACAAAUGUCUCCUUCUACCUGAGAGAAAAUCUAUCACGUAAGGGGAGUCAUGCAUGUGAAUUAUUAAGUCAAAAAAGGCUGCAAGAUUGUGGACUGAUUCCUUUCAAAUAUACAGUGGAAGGAAAUUGGAACCAUUUUAAAAACAAACUCAGCAAGCUCUUCAUUAAAGAUCAUGUAAUGGCUUCACAGAACAUGGCUGACAGCAUCAUAGAUGCUUGCACACAGUUUGUGACAGAAAAAAUGGAAAUGAAAAACAAUUACCAUGACACUUACAUCCAGGAGAUCCUACACAUGAUUGAUGAGCGGCUGCAGAACAGUCAGAAUGUUAAGAUAGACACUGAGUUUGAAGUUUCUCUGAAACAGCACAUCUGUGGAGUUGCAGCCAGACAGUUUCAGAAAAUGCAUGAAGAUUUCAUACGUGCUAAUGAUCCUUACAGAUGUCUGAAUCAAAACAAAGAAAAGUUUCGUGCUGAUUUCAAAGAUGUGUUUCAUGAACGAGACCAGUGCCAGAAGAAGGCAGAAGAAUUCACAAGCCGCUGCUUGAGGCCUGCAGUCAAAGACUUUGUCAACCGUUCAUUGGGUCCUGAUAUUAUUGGUGAAAUGCUGACAAGGUUCCAGUUCAGCACACGAAUGUUCUUCCAGUAUUCAGUUUUACUGGAUUUGCUCUCAAAGGAUGACUUUGAAAACUAUAAGAGCUACAUUUGCUCAUAUGAGGUUUAUGUAAAGAAAUGGACACUCAAACAAAUAGAGGAACACUUUUCAAAGGGUGAUAGAGUUUUUGAGUUUGAGGAUCGACAUGUUCUGUCAAGUAUCAGCAGCAUAAACGAUGCUAUCAACAAAGCUAAAACAAAAAAGAGUGGUAAAGUGAAGACAUUUGUUGAAGAUGUCUGCCAAGAACUUGGUGAUAAACUGGUCAUUUCCCAGGAUGCUCUUGGUGCUUUCAUGAUCCUGAACAAUGCAGACCAGGAACAGUUUGCUCACUGGCUCACUGAGUGUGUGAAGGACAUGGCACAGGCUCUUAGAGAGAAGUUUAAAACAGAAAAAAUCCAAAUGAAACUGAAAAAUCUUCAUGUGAAGCCCCAGAACGAGCUUUUCACCCAGGUGAUUGGAUGUGGGCAACAGUGUCCAUUCUGCAAAGCUCCUUGUGACGCAGGAGCAAGUAAACAUGGAGAGCACUUUGCUAAACUACAUCGGCCAGAGGGUCUGGGUAGAUUCAGGUGGGAUGGGACAGAAAAACUUGUCACUGACAUAUGCUCGUCCUUGGUGAACAGUGAGGCACGUUUUCGCUGUGAUGCUACAAAAGGUGAAUGGCACCCUUACAAGAACUACAGAGAAAUUUUCCCUGACUGGAUAAUCCAGUCAGAUGUAAGCUUAGAGGCGUCAGACUACUGGAAAUAUGUACUGGCAAAGUUCAACAAGGAGUUUGCUAAAGCAUAUAAUGCAGAGCCUGCUGAUAUUCCUGAAACUUGGAAAACAAUCACACAUAAACAAGCAGAAGCGAGCCUCAAAGAGUCGUUUAACAUCAAGUGAGAGAAGACAUGCUUUGUGGUUACAGAGGUGCACAUGUUCCUCAUUACAUUCAUCCUCUCAUGGAUAUUUUGAUCUCACAUGCUUUAUAUAAUGAAGAAAAUCACAAGUAGGAACAUGCCAUGUAUAAGAUGACAUGGUUGAAGAUAUUAUUAUUAACUGCGGCUUACAAAAUAGAAAAUAUUAGAAAAUCACUCCAAUUAGUCCUCCCCUUAACCUGAGAUCACUUUAACAUGUUUAAUAAAAAUAUCAUAUAUAAUUUUGUGUGACAGAUGAAGUCAUCAUAUUGCCACUGAGAAUAUGUAUAUAUAAUAUUAAUAUUAUAUAUGUAUAAUCUUAAUCAAAGCAGCAAAGUGACUUUUUUUCUUUUAUCAAACAUGAUCUGAUAUGUAAUCUUUUAUUGAUUGUUUUUGUGAAGUAUCUGAUGUCACAUAUUUUUACACAUUUAAUUUUAAUAGGAUAGGCGAUUGUUUGCUUGGAAUUCACAAUCUGUUUUUAUUUCUGUGAAGUAUCUGAUGCAAAAUAUUGACUGAAAUGUAUUAUAAGAUCAUUCAAUCUGAAUGUAAACAUGUAGGCUACACAUGAGCGACACAUUUUUAUUCCUAUCUAAUUGAGUAUAAUAUGUGAUUUUCUUAAGUCAGAACAAAUCUUUGUUUAUUUCGCAAUUAAGAAUCUGGUGCCAACUUUUUACCGUUUAUAAAGGAUCGUUCAUUAAAUAUGUGGUGUUGUCAACAUGUACACAUUACUUCUUUGUGUUAACUGAUUCAAUAAAUAGACAAAAUCAGCA